UGCGCGCUCUCCACGCUCACAAUUAGCACUGAUAACAAGAUAACAGUGCCAUCUGAUAAGAAACGUAUUCAUCAAAUGACAGGCUGGGUAUACAUAGUCGGGGAAAUCUUGGAAGAAGUUGGUGACAAACACAGAAUUUUCUUUAGGCUUCGUUACAAUGUGAAAAAAUCUGUGGUGAUGUGAAAUAGUGAGGAACUACACUAGUAAAUAGUGAAAACGAAAUUUAUGUAAUACUAUAUAAUAUUUUGGCUAAGUAUUUUUUUUUUGAGAAAACUCGCAAUGUUGUUAAAAUAAUAUAAAUUAUGUUGUGCAAAAGUAAGUUCUUUAUUGUGAUUAGGGAAAGAUUUUAUUAUAUCUACGUAUAUUGUAUAAAAUCAGUGAAUUGGUGCAAAAGUUUUUAACAUAAUUGUUGAGGUUCUAUCUACGCCGCAAAGGAAUAGUCAUCACAUGUUACUUUGUACAAUAGCCUAUGUUACGUUUGAUUGAGUUAAUUGCAAUUAAAAGGUAUUAGAAAUGGAUAGUACUAACCUAAACAAUGAAUAUGAACAGCUAAACGAAAUAUAUGAUGAAUGUUUGCACUAUCUCGAAAAUGUAAUACCAAAUGUAGACGAGAAAGCAGCAUUCAUCAAUGAAGAAGAUGCAGUAUACGAAGUAUUGAAUAAAGAGUUUGAUAAUUAUAGACAUGAAGUAAUUACCGACACAAUUUUGGAAGAACCAGAUUAUGAAACUAUUAAGGACGAUAAUAGAGGUGUGGCUAUUAUAGAAAUACCUAAAGAAGAAUCCGAUUCUGAAUUUAUUGUCAAAGUAAAUGGUGAAGAAGGUAAAACACUUAGCGAGAGUCAUAAACCGGAUUAUUAUAUAAGUGGAACAGGAGAUUCAAGCCAUGAAUCUUUGGGUCACGAAGAAGAAAUUGAACCGUUGAAACCUAAAGUGUUAAAUGAUAUCAGAAAUGAAAUGUUUAAAGAACAAAACGUAAAUUUUAAGAUAGAAAACGAGAUAGGAAAUGCUAUAAGUAUGAACAGUGUGACGUCACUGCCAGAGCUGAAGUCAGAAAGGUUGAGAAGACUGUCGGAACAACUGCCGAAGAUUGUGAUCACUCAGAGUGAUACGAGUUUGAGUUUACCGAGAAAAGAGCAAGAGAUGAAAACGAAACCAAUGAACUUGGAGAAGAAGCAGAUUCCAAUUUAUUGCAGCUCCAGCAAGCCCAUCCAUAUGCGUCGCGGAGGAUACGCGGACUACCCCAAGCGGCUCGUCUCCAAGGCUGGUCUGGAGAACGUGGCGAUGAUCUCCAACGUGCCGUACGAGAGGAUCCGGCUUCUCAAUGACACGUUCCAUACUUUGAUCAACCUUCGUUGGCGUUGGAUAGUGAUGGGGACUGUGGUCGUCCACUUCGCUAUAUGGCUGGUCUUCGCUGUGUUCUGGUACAUCACGGCGCUGGCCCACUAUGACUUCGAGCCCAACCCUCCCAAGAGGACCUGCGUCACGGGCGGAAAAGAUUUUGUCACCAUAUUUUUAGCAUCUGUCGAAGCGCAGACGACCAUUGGAUUUGGCGAUCGGGCUAUAGACGAAGAAUGUCCAGAGUCAAUAUUUCUGUUUAUAAUGCAGCUGAUUCUGGGCACAGGCUUAUCUGGGGUGUUGACUUGCGUAGUGUACGCCAAGCUGACGAGACCUGAGAAGCUGUCACGAGAUGGCGUUGGGUUCAGCAAGAAUGCAGUUAUCAGCAUGCGAGACGGACGGCUUUGCCUCAUGAUGCGAGCUUGGGACCUCAACUACGACCACAUCAUCAGCUCGGAAUUCAGCGCACACUUCGUCAACACACACAGAACAAAGGAAGGCGAGACCCUUCGGUUCUUCGCCCAAACCUUGGAGCUCCAACAGCAGCAGUUCCUCUUGUGGCCUGUAACACUUGUACACGUCAUCGACGAAAAUAGUCCGCUCUUUGGCUAUACUCCUGACCACAUAGUCAAUACUAACUACGAAAUAACGCUCAGCUUGAAGGGCGCUUCAGCAUCAAUGGGCACCUUCACCCAGAGCCAGACGUCCUAUCUGCCACGGGAGGUGAUGUGGGGCCAGCGCUUUGUGCCUGUUGUUAAAUAUGACGCCAGAAAGCAGAAGUAUGUGAUAGAUCAGCAGAAACUAGAUGUAACAGAGACUGUGGACACGCCCUUCCGCAGCGCCAGUGAGCUUCAGAGUGCACCACAAGAAGCAUCCGAAUCUACUCCAUGCCCGGGCACUCCAAGCAGCUUCACUGAGAAGAUAUCAGCUUUCCACCUGGAGAGACAGUCGUCUUUCAAGAGAAAAGGACAGAAAUGAUAAACUAUUAGUGUACAGCAUAAUGUUAGCUUUGUCACUCACCAACAAUCUCCUCAACAAUCACUCAACAAUGCUCCAUUUGACGUGAAAGAAGGAUAAAGAAACACUUUUACAUUAUAAUAUUUGUAUGGAUAACUUAUGCUUUGUGAUUUUGGAUGGCAAAGUAAUCUCAGUUUAUUCAGUGUGUUUUCUAAAUGUCAAGUUUCGUAGUCGUCUCCAAUAUAACAGGUAAAAAGUACAGUUUAUCUUUGCCUUAAUAAAGAAACUUCCUCAUUUUGAAAGGUUUAAAAUACCUAUUUUUUAAGACCUUUCGUGUAGGUAUAAUUUGAAAGAGCCAGUAAAGCAGCCUUCCUCUUUAAUUGGGUUAUCAAAGUGUAAAUAUAUUUUUGAUGUCCCACUGGAUAAUCUUGAGAUUAACUUAUAUUUGGCAAACAAAUAAUGGGUAUCUACCUUUUCAGUGAUAUUAUAUUAGUAUAGAUUGAGCAUAUUUCAUUGGUUGGAACUGAUCAAAUUAUAAACAGAUAUAAUUAGAUACAGAAUAAAAUGUUACAUAAUAUUAUCAA